CAGAUCUCCGAUGGGCUGCUUCCAGUCCAAGCCGGCGGGGAAGCCGCUGCCGCCCGACGCCGACGCCGCGCUCCCCGCCGACGACCCCGCAGAUCCCGAGGCGGCCAACGGCGUGGACGGCGCGGGAGCGGACGGCGACGAGAAGGAGGGGGCGAAGCGGGCGGUGCCGGUCUUCAGGGAGUUCGGGCUCGCCGAGCUGCGCGCCGCCACCAAGGGCUUCAGCGCCGACCUCAUCGUCUCCGAGAGCGGCGAGAAGGCGCCCAACGUCGUCUACCGCGGCCGCCUCGACGGGGGCCGACUCAUCGCCGUCAAGCGCUUCUCGCGCCUCUCCUGGCCCGACCCGCAGCAGUUCCUGGCGGAGGCGGCGGGCGUCGGGAAGGUGCGCCACAAGCGCCUCGUCAACCUCAUCGGCUGCUGCGCCGAGGGCGACGAGCGGCUGCUCGUCGCCGAGUACAUGCCCAACGACACCUUGUCCAAGCACCUCUUCCACUGGGAUAAGCAGCCAUUGCCGUGGGAAAUGCGGUUGAGGGUCGCACAUUAUAUCGCGCAAGCGCUCGAUCAUUGCAACGCCGAGAACAGGAAAAUCUACCACGAUUUAAAUGCUUACAGAGUACUUUUCGAUGAGGAAGGCGAUCCUCGCUUGUCAAGUUUUGGACUGAUGAAGAACAGCAGAGACGGAAAAAGUUAUAGCACCAACCUGGCUUACACCCCUCCGGAGUUUCUAAGAACCGGCAGAGUCAUUGCUGAGAGUGUGAUAUAUAGCUACGGAACAGUUUUGCUGGAUCUUUUGAGCGGGAAACACAUUCCUCCUAGUCAUGCACUUGAUUUGAUAAGAGGAAAGAAUAUACUGCUGCUGAUGGAUUCCUCCUUGGAAGGGCAAUAUGCUAAUGAAGAUGCUUCAAAAUUGGUUGAUCUUUCAUCAAAAUGCUUGCAGUUUGAAGCUAGGGACAGACCCAACAUAAAGUAUCUAUUGUCUUCUGUUGGGCCUCUUCAGAAGCAAAAAGAGGUGGCAUCACAUGUAUUAAUGGGCAUUACAAAAGCCACGUCAGUUUUACCAACUAUUCUUUCUCCGCUCGGGAAGGCCUGCGCCGGUAUGGACCUUACAGCAGUACAUGAUAUAUUGCUCAAAACAGGUUACAAAGAUGACGAAGGUGCAGAGAAUGAGUUAUCCUUUCAAGAAUGGACUCAGCAAGUUCAAGAGAUGCUGAACACAAAGAAGUUUGGUGAUAUUGCAUUUAGAGAUAAGGAUUUCAAGACUGCAAUUGAUUACUAUUCGAAGCUAGUUGGCAUGAUGGGAGUGCCUUCAGCUACAGUUUUUGCCAGGCGAAGUUUUUCCUACCUGAUGAACGGGCAGUCAGAGCUUGCUCUCCGGGAUGCAAUGCAGGCGCAGGUCUGCAUGCCCGAAUGGCCUACCGCCUUCUACCUCCAAGCCCUUGCUCUCUCAAAGCUUGGCAUGGAAACCGACGCCCAGGACAUGCUCAACGACGGUGCUACUUUCGAGUCCAAGAAGCAAAACAGCUGGCGUGGUUAGGGUUAUCUGCCCCCGAAUUGCUGUUGCCUUUCAACAGAAAAGGGUACAAUGAUGAGUGUCCACUGGGGGAUGUCUGAUGCAUUGCUAAGAGUGGGAUUGAAAUGCACUGUUUUAUCGUGCGACCUCCGCCCAAAUGUCGAUAACGCCGUUGUUGUGACCUGGAAGAGAAGAGCAGAGGGGACUUUGUUUACACGAGCAAUGACAGCAACAUUUUGCUGAUCAUUGCGUGGUGGUGCUCCUCUGGGAGAGAAGAUUGUAAUUAAGGUGACGUUCUCUUGACAGUUUCUCCUUUUUCCUUUUUCUUUUUCCACUAGGUGGCUGGACGAUAGUGUGGAGAAAGGGAGGCUUCCUUCCUUGUGAUUAGCUGGGGAGAAAAUAAACUAGAGCCAUCUGGAUUCCAUUCGAUUCUACAAUAUUUCCUCAUGUGCUGCUUUUCUGUUGAAAGAAUUGGUAGUGAUUUGCAUUUUUUUU